GUCUGACAGCGCCAACGAAUGAGUCGGGUUCAUUCAUCACGUGCCGCCCCGUUACUCGCACGGGAUGAUUGUGCUUUCUAGCUUCUGCCAGGAGCAGGAGAUUUUGCCAACCAUCCGUCAAGUUUCACUUGGUGGUCGACCGGUUCUGAAGGAGGGGAGGAGCACCGAGAAGCGCCGCUGGCUCCGGAGGGGAUUUAAUUAGGAGGUCCCGGUUAUUCGUGGCGGGAAACCAAGCAAGCAGCCGCGGAGGGGGGGUGCGUCGGCCGUCGGUGGGCGUCGGCGGGCGGGCUCGAUGGGACGCGGCGGCGGCGACGGACGGCACGCCGCCACCCCGGCGGCCGGGACAGGGAGAAAAGGGGCCUGAAAAGCGAACCCGAUUCCCUCGACCCCGCCCGCUUUUGUUCCCGUUCCGUUCCGUGUGCAGCGAUAACAUUCCUCUCGCUCUCCGUUCCUGCUUUUUUUGCUUAUUCCUUCCGCCUGCCUCCCCUCCUUUCCCUGGAAGAGGAGGGGGAAGGGGGGCAAGAGGGCCGGCCGACCGCCGCCGCCGUCGUCGCCGAUGUCGGACCGGGAGCUCCCGCCGCUGCGAUCCAUCCGAAUCACAGGGGACGGGAGAUGCUUGUUCCGGUCGGUCGCUUACGGCGCCUGCAUAAGGAGAGGCAAGCAGUCGCCGAGCGACAGCGUCCAGAAGGAACUCGCCGACGAGCUCCGAGCAAAGGUUGCAGAUGAGUUCAUCAGGCGAAGAGGAGAUACCGAAUGGUUCCUCGAAGGCAAUUUCGAGAGCUAUGUGCGCAAGAUGAGGAAGCCUCAUGCCUGGGGAGGAGAACCUGAACUGCUCAUGUGCUCACAUGUUCUUGGGAUGCCCAUCACCGUCCACAUGUACACCAAGGGCGCUGACAGCCCCAGGAUCAUAGCAGAGUAUGGUCAGGAGUAUGGGAAGGACAACCCGGUCCGAGUUCUUUACGACGGCUACGGGCACUACGACGCGCUGCAGCCAUCUAUUGUAAGGACACAAUCAAGACUGAGAGGAGCGUAGCUACCCGGAGACCGCGUUAUGUAAGCUUCUUCUACUACUUCUCUAGCGCAGCCACAUAAAUUCCGACAUCUUCCACAACUCGAUUUCGUUCGAGUUGGCAGACCCCAGUAUAGCACAUAUGGAAGUUCAGUCCGGGUUCGCUGCUCUGUCGUUCGAUCUUCUUCGGGGCUGAUGUAUAAAUAAGCUUCGCGUGUGUAACUCCUGAUCCAGUCAGGGAAUCUAACUGCAUAAACUUACACUGCGUUCGGCUUAAAAUGAAUUCUGGAAUAUCUUACUCUGAAAGCUUGCUGAUAGACAUAUGAUUCGCCGACAAUUGCUUCGAGGCAACUGAAUACUCACGGCGAAUGUGAAUACAAUCCUUUUCAGAGUGUGAAUACAAUCUUAUUUUGUUA